AUAAAAGAACUUGGGAUCUAUUUGUGCUGACGAUUCCAACUUCUCUUACCUAAUAUCAUAUGAUAUAUAUGUCUUUCGCUGACUCAACAUUUUCAAAGUUUGAGUGUCUAAAUUAGUACUUCCUUAUAUAUCACUCUUUUUAUCUUUCCUGAUCUUUUUGUUUCUUUCUACCCACACUAUUCCAGGACUUUCCUCAUUCCGCUGCCCACUACUCGACCGACUAUCACAUUCUUUCGCGGUCUUUCCGGACUUGUGCUUUGUUCCGAUAGCUUCCGACCCACGAAGCAUUCACCUUCACCACCUGUGAUUGACCAACCAACCGUGCGCGCGGCGUUGUCCUUCCUUCCCUUAGAAAGCAAGAGAACAAUUCUAAGAAGACUCGGGUCAGUUUGUGAUUGAUCGUCAUCAAGGAUCCAAAAAGUUUACCGUAGUCUUCAACAUCCAUUUUGUACAUGUGUACAUAAUAAUUUAUAUCUGUCGAUAAACAAAUUUAUUUUCUCAGCACAGUCAGCCAACUGCAAAUUCAUUCCCAACUGACUUAAGUGUCAACUUUCUUUUCGCUCUUGCCUGAGCAUAAGUUCACGCAUAACCCCACCACCGUUUCUGUGGUCGAUUCAUCCAUCAGUUUCCCUCAACAAUCGCUAGAUUCCCAAUUUCAGGAUGGGUGGAAAACUCGACGUCUUGGACAUCGUCGUCCUUGGAGUCUUAGCUUUAGGGACGAUAGCAUAUUUUACAAAGGGAAAAUACUGGGGUAUUGUGAAGGAUCCCUAUGCUAGUAGUUAUGCCACCGUCAAUGGAAACAAACCCGCAAAGACAAGGAAUAUUGUCGAGAAGAUGGACGAGUCAAACAAGAACUGCGUCGUCUUCUACGGUUCGCAGACUGGUACGGCAGAGGAUUAUGCUUCUAGAUUGGCAAAGGAAGGCAAGAGUCGUUUUGGCUUGGAGACCAUGGUAGCAGAUUUGGAAGACUACGAUUUUGAUAACCUUGAUACCUUUGGAGACGACAAAGUCGCCAUCUUCGUACUGGCUACAUAUGGUGAAGGUGAACCAACCGACAACGCAGUUGAUUUCUAUGAAUUCUUGAUGAACGACGAUGUUGAAUUCUCCAGUGGUGAGAAAUCGCUCGAAAACCUCAAGUUUGUCGCAUUUGGUCUCGGAAACAACACCUAUGAACACUACAACUCAAUGGUCAGAAACGUCACAAAGGUAUUUGAGAAGCUCGGAGCAACAAGAAUCGGCGAAGCUGGUGAAGGAGAUGAUGGUGCUGGUACUAUGGAAGAAGACUUUUUGUCCUGGAAGGAGCCGAUGUGGACUGCAUUGGCUGAAAAGAUGGGACUACAGGAGCGUGAAGCUGUCUAUGAACCGGUUUUUGCUAUUACGGAGAGGGAUGAAUUAACAAAGGAUUCUCCACAGGUAUAUCUCGGCGAGCCAAACAAAAUGCAUCUCGAGGGCACAUCAAAGGGUCCCUACAACGCUCACAACCCAUACAUUGCACCUAUCGCUGAGUCCAAGGAACUUUUCACGGUCAAAGACCGAAACUGCUUGCACUUAGAAGUCGAUAUCAGUGGAUCUAACCUCAGCUAUCAAACUGGAGACCACGUUGCAAUUUGGCCAACAAAUGCCGGAAGGGAGGUGGACCGAUUCGUCGAUGUUACUGGACUUUCUUCCAAGAAAGAUUCUGUCAUUGCCGUCAAACCGUUGGAAUCAACUUCAAAGGUUCCAUUCCCCUCGCCUACCACAUACGAUGCUAUAAUCAGAUAUCACAUGGAGAUUUGCGCACCUGUAUCACGUCAAUUCGUUGCCACUUUGUCCGCCUUUUCCCCAAAUGACGCCAUCAAGGCCGAAAUGGAGAAGCUUGGUGGUGAUAAGGAUUACUUUUAUCAAAAGAUCACUAAAAACUAUUUGAACAUCGCACAGGUUUUACAAGAAGUUGGUGGCCAAGAAAAGUGGACCAAAAUUCCAUUUUCCGUGUUCAUUGAAGGUUUAGGCAAGAUUCAGCCUCGUUACUACUCUAUUUCGUCUUCAUCGCUUGUUCAACAGAAGAAGAUUUCUAUCACAGCGGUUGUUGAGUCAAUUGAUAUUCCUGGAAGAACCGAUGCUUUGAAAGGUGUUACCACAAAUUACCUCCUUGCAUUGAAGCAGAAGCAACAUGGCGAAGAAAACCCCGACCCUCACGGCCUCACAUAUGAAAUCACUGGACCACGCAACAAGUAUGAUGGCAUCCACGUUCCGGUCCACGUACGACACUCCAACUUCAAGCUUCCAUCGGAUCCAUCCAAGCCUAUCAUCAUGAUCGGUCCCGGUACUGGUGUUGCACCUUUCCGAGCAUUCGUUCAGGAAAGAGCUGCACAAGCAAAGGCUGGCGAGAACGUUGGACGAACAAUCUUAUUCUUUGGAUGUAGAAAAUCUACAGAAGACUUUAUGUACAAGGAAGAAUGGAAGGUAAACUAUCUUUUACGUCGAGGGAGAGAUUAAAGAACAAUUUAGCUUACACAUAACCAGGAAUACGAAGAGGCCCUUGGCGACAAGUUCUCACUCAUCACUGCAUUCUCUCGUGAAGGAAAUGAGAAGGUCUAUGUUCAACACCGCCUCAAGGAACAUGCUAAAGAAAUCAACGAUCUCCUCAUGCAAAAAGCGUACUUCUACGUUUGCGGUGAUGCCGCAAACAUGGCUAGAGAAGUCAAUACUGUUCUUGGUAAAAUCAUAUCAGAGCAGCGCGACAUCCCAGAAUCAAAGGCCGAAGAUAUUGUCAAGAGUAUGAGAUCUGCCAAUCAAUACCAGGUAUGUUAUUUCUUGAUGGAUUUCUUCGUUUCGCGUUCGUAUUCGUAUUGUUUGUUUCUUUGAGUCAUCAACCCGCCCACAUUUUUGUUCGGCUAGUGGUGCAACAAACAUUAAUUCCCAGAGUGGGGUAAAUCCAAGUCUUGAGGAGGGGUCAGCCUUUAAAGGAACCCUCAUCAAUUCCAUCAUCGUUUUUGCACUUCACAUCUUUCUUGUACAAACACAAACUAACACAUAAUUCUAGGAGGAUGUAUGGUCAUAGAUGCAAUAUAUCCCAUUCUUACAUACACCCACCCACAUCUUAAAAUUCCAUUUCAUCUUUCAUAUUAUAGACGGCCAUCAACCGGCCAACCUCCUACAUCCUUUCUUUUCCAACGAAUCCCUCCACUCUUCUUCGGUAAUCAUCAUAUCUGAUAGCCGUCUUCGAAGUAAGAAUCUUUUCGAGGGCACUUGUUUGUUUGCCUGUUUGCUGCCUCAUGCAUAAAAAGCGAUCCAAGGAUACAAGCAUUACUCGAGACUCGAGCCUAUACCAAACAUUAUUUCUUUUUUCUCUGCAACAUCAUCAAGCAUAGCAUUUGCAAUGGGUGGAUCUAGACGGACUUUGGAUGGGGUUAAACUUUUUUUUUAAGAGACAAAUAACUUGUUUUUACUCAACAUUUUCUUCGUUUGUCCGGUAUAAAAAAUUGGAUUUGGAUCUUGUUGUUA